AUGGUGACGACUGCCCAGCUCUCCGUCCUCCUCCUCAUAUCUGCACAAGCUGUUCGGCCUCUUCGUGACCCUCGACCUCGCCGCCACGCCCUCGGUUGCAGACGAAACAUCUCGUGCUGCCAAAAGUCCCGGGAUGACGUCACUGCUAAUGUCAACUCCAAGUGCGCCAGCGUCAGCAUCUCUACCAAGGACACGUUCUUCAGCGAAUUCGAUCAGCAGUGCAUGGAGGUGGUGCGCUCAGCCCCUGCACAGAAAUGCGAAUCCGGCCCGAGGGAUCAAAUGAACGUGGCAACCGCAUACCUUGAUGCCUCCACGGUCUACGGCUCCGACCAACACACCAUCAAUUCACGCCGCACCUUCAACAAAGGCCAUCUGCAUGUAACGGUUACUGACGAAAGUGUGGAUUCCCAGUAUUUGAUCUCACAGAAGACAGGGGCCCUGGUCAAAGUGAUAUAUCACAUGUUCACUCGCUACCACAACAACAUAGCGGAUCGCCUCAAGGACACCAAUGUGCACUGGGAUGAUGAGAUGCUUUUCCAGGAAAGCCGCAGGAUCGUAGUCGCCCAACUACAACAUGUCGUUUACAACGAAUAUCUUCAUAAAGUCCUUGGACCACAAGCGAUGACUGAAUACCAGCUGACGCCUCUCACUGGGACACAAAGAAGAGAUGACUACAGUGCUAUCAAGACUAUUGCGACUAGUUCCGAGUUCGAAACUGCGAGCCUCCACUUGAGCCAGAGCCAGAGUCCGGACCAAAUUGAAUUAGUAGACUCUUCUGGGAAGGUUACAGAAAUAGAUAUGUCCUCCGCCACACUUGAAGAGUCCCUUGAGCUUGCACCUGUCGACGUGCUUCGUGGCGUCAGCUGGCAGGAUGCCGGUAAACUGGCUUUUACAAAGGAGAUAACGGCCACAUUAUCUGGCGAAGCUGUCGGAAUCGACUUAUUGGCUCUGAACAUCCAGCGUGGGCGUGAGCACGGUUUGGCUGGAUACACGGCAGUGCAGGCGGCCUGCAAUAUCAGGGAUAUCAACACAUUCGCAGACCUGAGCAACAGCAUGGACCAAAAAGUCAUUGACCGCCUAAAGAGUGUGUACAACGACGUAAGGGACAUUGAUCUCUUGAUCGGUGGAGCUUUUGAACGACCAGUCCCCGAUGGAGAGCUGGGACCCACGUUGACUUGCGUUCUGGCUGAGCAGUUCUCCAGAAUUCGCCAGGCAGACAGGUACUGGUACGAGACUCAUAUCAACGAUACUAAGUUCGACGAUGAUCAACUGAAAGCAUUGCACAGUACGACUCUUGCGGCCAUCAUGUGCGACGCCUUCCCUGAACUGCUGGUGGUUCAGAAGCGUCCCUUCGAGGUGGUGUCGGCAGAGAACCCUCUGGUGUUUUGUAGGAGCGUACCCCGUAUGGGACUGGAGGCAUGGACCAAUAAGUGAAAUUAACGCCUCAACAAGGCAACACUCUUGGAGAAGUCUUAUUUGUGUGUAAUUGAAACAAAGUAAAUCAUCGCAUUCAGAAA